AUGGCUGAGUGGAUUGCAAACACUGCGGAAGAGAAUGUCUCCAGCGCGUUCCAGGUGCUCAGGGAGCUCCCUGCGAGGCCCACGGAGAGGACCAGCAAGCUUCAUACCGAGCUGGAGGACGCUGCUAGACGGCACGACCAGAGUGCUUUCGAUGGGGAUGAAGAUACGCAGCGGCUACGGUUGGCGGCGUACGAGGCCGCGUGGGCGCAGAACCAAGAGGCCCUCUCGGCCGUGAAGCUGCGCCUGGUGACCCCCGUGUUCGAGCAAAUCCACCGCCACGCCGCCGCCACCUGGCGGCCCGGCGGCGGCGCCGACCCCGCCUCGGCCGGCACGGGCGGCGGCGGCAGCGGCAGCGGCAGCGGCGGCAGCGGCGUCGCGCCGCCGGCAGCGGGGACAGGGAGCAGUGAUGCGGAGGUGCCUGUGGUGCUGCUGUCCGUUGGCGCCAGCGCGGACCACGCGCACACGUGCCCCGACCUGGCGCACUACCUGCGGCAGCGGGGCCACCCCGUGGCGCUGGCAAACGCCCGCGACCUGUCGAACGGCAGCCCGGCGCCGCUGCUGCACGCGGCACUCCGCCAGUUCCUCGGCGCGCCCACGCCCGCGGACGACGUGGCGGCGCUCGUGGCGUGGUGGGCGGACGAGAUUGCGGAGCGCUGCGGCGCAGCCCCCACCAAGCGCAAGAAGCCCGCUCUUGCGGCGGAGGCACGCCGGCUCCGGCCGCGCAAGGAGGCCGGCGGGGCCCGCGCCGGUGCAGCCGCGCCGCUGGCGGCGCCGGUGCUGGUGGUGAGCGACGGGGAGCGGUGCGACGUGCCGGCGCUGCAGCAGCUGAUCAAGGAGUUGAGCGAGAGGUUCUCUCGAUAA